AUGUUUGGCUUUGGGAAAAAGGGCGAGAAGGCCGAGUUGGAACAGUCGUCUCCGGACGGUACCACUGUUGGCCUCCCCCCUUCGCCUCCCGACACUGUUGAGGGCGUUAUGCCCGCCAAGAAGCAGAAUGGCACAUUCCAAGACACCGAGUCUGUCAUCUCGGACGUUACCCUCGUCGCCCAGCAGGAGGGCCUCAAGCCGACGUUUGUCGCCAAAGUCAACGUGAUCAACCGCGCACUCGCUGAGAUCGGCAUGGGCAAGUACCAGUGGGAGAUGUUCCUUGCUGGCGGUUUUGGCUGGUUUGCCGACAACAUUUGGCUCCAGGGUGUCGCGAUUGUGCAGCCGCAGGUCAGCUACGAGUGGAACCGCCCCGUCGGUCAGACACCCAACAUCAGGUUUACCACUUUAGCUCUGUAUGCGGGUCUGAUCGUUGGUGCCUCCUUCUGGGGGUGCUCGGCUGACAUUAUCGGUCGCCGCACGGCAUGGAACGCUACUCUGUUCGUUGGCGCAGUCUUCGGUGUCGCUGCCGGCGGUGCAAACAACUUUGUCACUUUCUGCGCUCUCCUCGCUUGCAUCGGCUUCGGCGUCGGUGGCAACCUUCCUGUCGACGGCACCAUGUUCCUCGAGUUCCUGCCUGGCACCCACCAAUACCUCCUGACGCUGCUGUCGGUCUGGUGGGCGAUCGGCCAGGUCGUUGCGUCGCUUAUUGCUUGGGGCUUCCUCGCCAGGUGGAACUGUGACCAGGCCGUCGCGGACCCCGAUUACAUUUGCCAGGCUAGCGAGAACAUGGGCUGGCGCUACACCUACUACACUCUCGGUGCAAUGAUGUUCGUCCUCUGGAUCGGCCGCUUCUUCAUCCUUCCGGUCUAUGAGUCGCCCAAGUUCCUUAUCUCUCAUGGCCGCGACCAGGCUGCCGUCGACGUGAUCAACGCUGUCGCCAAGCGCAACAAGCACCCUCUGCGCAUCUCGAUCGAAGACCUCCACAGUGCUGUCGAGCCGUUCUUGACCGAAGAAGAGAAGAUGAACGCCCAGUACGAGACCAAGCUCUCCACCAUGGAACUCAUCAAGUCCGGGUUGUCCGAAUUCAACAUCAGCCACAUCAAGACCCUCUUCGCCACCAGGCGCCUUGCGUUUUCGACCACCCUCAUUGUCUUCUGCUACGGUGCAGUCGGAAUUGCGUACCCGCUCUUCUUCUCUUUCCUUGGAACGUAUCUGGACAAUAAGCUCGGAGCGGCAGGCAGCGGAGGCACUGACAUCAAUUCGCUCUACAGGGCGUACACCUACCAGGCGGUGUGCGGUGUGCCCGGCUCCUUUGCGGCUGCGUACCUCGUCACCUGGUCGCGUGGCGGACGUAAGUUUGCCAUGGCUUUCUUCACCGCAAUGACUGGCGUCUUCCUCUUCUGUCUCACGGCGUCCAGGAACAACGCCACCACUCAGGCUCUGACCUGCAUCGCCUCGUUCUUUGCCAACGCCUUCUACGGUGUCAUGUACGGCUAUGCGCCCGAGCUCUUCCCGACCCCGGCCCGCGGCACUGGUGACGCACUGUGCGCGGCAUUCAACCGUAUCACGGGUAUCUUUGCGCCCGUAAUUGCCAUUGUGGCCCCGUCGCUCAAGCAGAACCCGGACGGCCCGGUAAUGGCGUCUGGCGGCAUCUUCAUCGCCACCGGCAUCAUCAUGUUGUUCCUCCCGGUCGAAACCAACGGCCGUACGGCGUUGUAA